UGACGCUCGUCCCGUCAUGGCGGCGCCCAGGGAGCGGCAGCGCUUCGGGAGGCGCUUCCUCACCGACCCCGCCCGCCUCUUCCAGCACAACGCCUGGGAUAAUGUGGAAUGGUCAGAAGAGCAGGAAGCCAGUGCCAGGAGUAAAGUUCAAGAGAACAGCUCACAGCUAUUGCCACAAGAUAAACAAGAGGAAUAUGAGGUGAAUGCUAAGAGGUACUGGGAUGACUUUUAUAAAAUCCAUGAAAAUGGCUUCUUCAAGGACAGGCACUGGCUGUUCACUGAAUUCCCUGAGCUGGCACCUAACAGGAACCCAUGUCAAAAUGGGGAUUCUCUGCAUGAAUUUAGUAACAAAGAAGAAUCCAGCAGUGAAGAGCUGGGAAGCUGUGCAAAUGGACAUUGUUCCUUGGAAACCAGGGCAGAGAAUGAGUUAAACCUGAUAAAAAGCACACCUAAGAUCUGCACAGAGAAGUUGGCUACACAGAAGUAUAGUGAGCUGAAUGAAGGUGAUGGGGAUUACCCAGGAUCAUCUGCAUCUUACCGUAUAUUAGAGGUUGGCUGUGGGGCUGGAAACACAGUCUUCCCAAUUCUACAAACCAACAAUGAUCCAGGCCUGUUUGUGUAUUGCUGUGAUUUUUCUACUACAGCUGUGGAUCUUGUCCAGAACAAUGCAGAAUAUGAUUCUUCUCGCUGCUUUGCGUUCGUCCAUGACCUGUGCAAUGACCAAAGUCCUUUCCCAAUGCCAGACAAGAGUCUUGACGUUGUUAUUCUUAUCUUUGUCCUCUCAGCGAUUCUCCCAGAGAAGAUGCAAGGCAUUGUUAACAGACUGAGUCGCCUUCUGAAACCAGGAGGGAUGAUUUUGUUGCGAGAUUAUGGCCGUUACGACCUGGCCCAGCUUCGGUUUAAGAAAGGUCAGUGUCUGUCUGAUAACUUCUAUGUGAGAGGUGAUGGCACCAGAGUCUACUUCUUCACACAAGAUGAAUUAGAUGAGCUCUUCACAAGAGCUGGGCUGAAGAAAAUCCAGAACCUGGUUGACCGGCGACUGCAAGUGAACCGAGGGAAACAGAUGACUAUGUAUCGAGUAUGGAUCCAGUGCAAAUACCUCAAGCCUGCUGCCUCUGAGCCGUGAGGACACAUGGCAUGCUGCUUAGGUUGGAGUCUCUUCGUGGCCACAUACAAUAUCUCCUCCUGGUGAGAUGUGGUUUUACAGAGUUCAACACACAUGAGACCUCAGUGCCUUUUCCAGUGCCUAUCAUCACUUCCAGGGAGUGGAAGGAUGGAUGCUUUAAGAGGAGAUCAAGCAGUGCUUUAGAUGUCUUGCUGCUGGUCUGAGUUUUUAAGUUCUUUAUGGUUUUAACAACUUAAGGAAUGGUUGUGCUGUCUUAACAGCAGCUGAGCAAGUUGAGUAGUGAGUCACUCUUACUCUGGAUUUCCACAUGAAACAGGAGAGCUUUGACCUUACCUCUGUGUUGUGUACUCUUGUCUCGGGAACAAAAACUGUACAAAUGGUAAAUCUCUUCUGUGCAGCUGCUCAUGAGGCCUAAUAGGAAUCCCUUACCCAGCUUAUCUCAUGCAGCUCUCUUCUGCUCAUUCAGGUUUGUGCAAAUCCACAAGUUAAAAAUGCCUUGACUGAGAGCAGGAGCUGAGACCAUGCUGGUUUCUCUGUGCCCUCCUCCUCCUGGAUGGUGUGCACAUAAUCUGUGAAGAAAGCAGAUUAUGCUGCCUUGCCAUCACUGCCCUCAAGGGUGUUCAUAUAGGGACCUAGCACACUAUAGCACAGGUGCCACAAACAUAUAUAAGGCAGGGUCAGGUGUUUGAAGAGGGCUGAUGCCAGUUUUGGGGCACCUCCAGAGGAUCACAAGCAGCUCAUGGGAGCAGGGUUUCCCCAGAAUUCCCUGCUUUUUCUGCUUGAACAGUGAGAAACUGUUCUUGCUGGUUACAGCUCCAGGUCACAAACUGCAUUGCCCUGUCAUGGUGGUGUGCUAAACCCAAGCAGACAGGACACCUAUCUUCGAUAAGAAGUCUGAAGUGUUUCUCCCACUCUUGAUUCAUUUCUUAGAGGAAGCCAACACUGUGGCUUUCUGAAGGUAUUCCCCCACCUUUGACAGCAAAUAUCUUUUAUCUCAGCUUGUUUUCUUUUGUUAUUUUUAGGGUGUGGUACAACAAGUGUUAGAAUAAAGUUUGUGGUAAAGCUUUUCA